GUGAAUUUAUUACCGACAUUUUUAUAUUAGAAAAAAGUUCUCUGUGUUUUACCGGAAAAAUAUUCUAUUGAUUUUGAAGUAAAUUGAAAUUUAAUAUAAAUUUAAAUAUGCUAAUUUGUGAAUAUAGCAAAGUGUUAAACAUAAGAGCAUUAGUUAUUGUCACACAAUUGCUGUUACUUCACCGGAAAAUUCAAUGCGUGACAUCAGAAUAUGAUCCAGUAGCUAAAGGAGUCAUUCGCACGCGAUCACUGAAUACCAACAAAGUUUAUGAUCCAGCACAUUUUAUGAGAAAUUUAACAGACCCUGAAUCAGAGACGAAUGAAAAAAAUGACAACAAAAUCAAGGCGCCUCAUAAAGUCAACGCAACGAAAAGGACUUCCGGUAAAUAUGAAAUACUUUCUAUAUCCGGAAAUCCAAAUUAUAAAUCAGUAAAUCUUACAUGGGAAGUCGAGUUCGUGACACCGGCUCAAGUAUUGUCUACAGACUCAUCCAAUAUAGAUACAGUGACAAAUACCAGUAGUGAAGUGGAACCACCAAAAGGAUUUCAAAUCAUUUUCUGUGAAUUACAGUCAACAGGACCACAGCGGUGUCGUUCUAAGACAAUUAAUGGUAAUCAACAUCUUGAAUUAAGAAAUAAGAGAGGAAGGCAAAACUCGAAUUCUAAUAAUAAUAAUAAUAAUAAUAACAUAGACGUGAAACAUUUCUUUUCUAACUCCAAUUCCAGACCGACUCUACACUAUACAGCCACAAUUAAUAAUCUGCGAAUGGCAACCAAGUACAGUUUUCAAAUAAAUCCGCAACAAAUAUAUAAAGCAGCAAAAGUUGCCAAACGAUCUGAAGCUUUGGAUAUUGAAUUCGAAAAUGACGUUAACAGAGUAAACAGCACUGGUCAAACAAUAGUAGUGCCCACGAAAGGAUUUUCAGCAGAAGCAACCAAAUGUCUGCCACAUGCUUCAGAAAUCGAGGUGGAAACUGGACCCUAUUUCGGUGGAAAAAUUAUAGUAGACGGUGGUGCUUGUAGCAUAGAAGGGAGUUCGAAUGACCCUAGAGAAAAUUAUACGAUGCGUAUAGACCAUAAAUUGUGUGGCAGCUUAAUUAAACCAGAAACCAACACUGUGGAAACAUUCAUCACAGUUCAGGAAAAUUUAGACAUCUUUACACAUAGUACUAGAAGAUUCGUUGUAGUUUGUAGUUUUCAAUCUGGAAUGCAAACAGUUCGUGCUAGCUUCACAGUACCCGACAAAAAUGGAAAAGCUUCAUCCGUUGAAGAACUCGCCAACUCAGAUGAAAGCGCAAGUAGAGAACCGCGUCAGAUGCGUUUUGUGGAUAAAAGUGCGUUAAUAUUGAAAGAACCAAGUAGUUCAAGUGAGAGCAAGUCUGUUCCAAAAAAAAAUGAAAACUUUAUGGAAGAAAACAAAAGUGCAACAAACACCAGUUCAAAAAAUGUAAAUGAAAAAUCGGAAACAAACCAACAAAUCAGAGGUCUAAAAUCAAGCCCCAAAAAAAAAAUUAUUAAUACUAAAGAAAAUAAAACAGAGUUGCCAAUAAAAAAUAUAUUAUCGGCAAAGUAUGCAAAAUUAAUGACUGAACAGGAUGAAUACAAAGAUAGUGGAGUUAUGACGUCUCUAAUUCAUUAUAUAUCCGUGAACUUCGGUGGUGCAAUUCUUGCAGCUACACUCUUUAUGGUUGCUCUGGGUACACUGAUUAUUGUUGUUUAUCGUGAAGUGCGACUACAAAAUUUGAGAGAAGUAGUAAGAGUUAGAGAUCACUUUACAAACCCACAAUUUCAACCAAAAACAACGCCCAUCUCAUUGCACCAAAAACUUCAAUGUAGAAUUUAGAAUCUAUUUUUAAUUUUUCACAUUUACAUUUAAUUAAUUAUAUUUAAUUAAUUUUAUUUCAUAAUUUUAAUACGUAAGCAAUCUGCCUAUAAUUAUUUCUUUGAUAUAAGUGAGGGAAGGUGUAUGGAACGCUCGUUGAGGAUUAAUAGAACAUUGUUUCUUUUUAAACCUAACACUACCAAAAUUAGAUUAGACUAUGACU